UCGGGGCCGCUCUGGGCUGCGCUCGCUGCUCCCGGAGGAGUGACGGCAGAGGAGGCCGUGAGGGAAGAUGGCGGAGGCGGCGGCGGCGGUGCAGCAGCACCGGUUCUUCUGCCACAGCUGCAAGGGAGAGGUCAGCCCCAAGCUGCCGGAAUACACCUGCCCCCGUUGUGAGUCUGGCUUCAUCGAGGAAGUUACUGAUGAUUCCAGUUUUUUUGACAGCAAUUCCCUGGACAACAGCCCCUCCUCACAAUUCUCAGAGCUUUGGGACCACCUGGAUCACACCAUGUUCUUCCCGGAUUUCCGACCCUUCCUGAGCAGCAGCUCCUUGGAUGGAGAGAGCAGAGAGGUGGAGAGGGGUCCCCCAAAUGAGUUUUGGGGUCCCGGGCGUCCCCCACGGCUGCCGAUGCCGCGGAGGUACCGGGCCCGCGGCAGCUCCCGCCCGGAUCGAUCGCCGGCCAUCGAGGGGAUAAUCCAGCAGAUCUUUGCUGGCUUUUUUGCCAACUCAGCCCUUCCUGGCUCCCAGCACCCCUUCUCCUGGAGCGGGAUGCUGCACUCCAGCCCCGGCGAUUACGCGUGGGGACAGAGCGGCCUCGACGCCAUCGUCACCCAGCUCCUGGGGCAGUUGGAGAACACGGGACCACCUCCAGCAGACAAGGAGAAGAUCUCCUCGCUCCCAACAGUGCUGGUGACACAGGAACAAGUUGACACAGGCCUGGAGUGCCCGGUGUGCAAGGAGGAUUACGCCGUGGCCGAGCAGGUCCGGCAGCUCCCCUGCAACCACGUCUUCCACAGCAGCUGCAUCGUGCCCUGGCUGGAGCUGCACGACACGUGUCCAGUCUGCAGGAAGAGUUUAAAGGGAGAAGAUUCCACCCGGCAAAUCCCGAAUCCCGACCCUGCCGACAGCCCAGUGCAGGAGAGUUGGACUUUCUGACCCUUCUGAGAAAUUCCAGAACCUUCCAGAACCUUCCAGAAGCCAAGAACAUCCCAGCUGGAGGUCUACAUUGCCUGAAAAUUCCAACAAAACCCCACCCUGAGUAGCAGGAAUUUUGGGAUUUACAGCACCAAGCGUUCUCCUCCCAGGAAUUUCUCCUCCUGCUCCGUGGAAUUGCAUAAAUUGGGAAUUUUUGGGAGCGAUUUGAUUUGAUUUUUGUAGCGGAAAUGUUGGGGUGUUUUUGGUUGUUUAUUUGUUGGCUUGUUUUUUUUUUUUUUUUCCAGUAAGGAAGAGGAGAUUUUAUAUCUCCCUCAUAGGCUCCUCUGGAAAAAAAAAAAAAAAAUUUUGGGAUAAAAAUUGAUAUUUUUUGGGGGAUUUUCCCCCACGUUUCAGGAGAUUGGAAUUGCAGCCACGAGAGAUUUUUCUUUGCCCUGUUUGGGAUGGAAUCCUUGGGGCUCCAAAAAUCAUGGCAGGCGGAAGAUGGAAAAUUCUGGAACUUUCCUAAGGGGGGGGGGUUGGAGCACCCUGGGAAUUCUGUGCCCUCAGCAGGAUUUUCUCUCAUCCUUGGACUAUUUUUUGGGGCUUUUUUGGGUUUUUUGGGGUUUUUUUCAGACCCUUUUCCACGUUGCCUGUUGGCCCCAGGUGUGUCCAAAGCUCCCUCUGCUCAUUCCAGGACCACUCCCUCGGAAUCCCCCCAGAACUUAAGGAAAAUCUUGAUUUUUUUUCCUCAUUAUUUGGUUGUUUUGGGAUUUUUUUCUCAUUCCCUCUGAAUUUUUUUCCAGGUCUGCAGCCUGAAAAAAUUUCCUCAUCCUCGUGGUAUCCUGGGUUUAUAAAUUUAUAAAUUUAUCCUUGGGUUUAUACAUUUAUAAAUUUAUAAAUCCAGGAUAUCUUUGGGUUUCUAAAUCUAUCCCUGGGUUUAUACAUUUAUAAAUUGAUAAACCCAGAGGUAAAGCCAGGAUAUAUUUAUAAAUUUAUAAAUUUAUAAUUUAUAUCUAUAAAUAUAUAUUUAUAAAUUUAUUUAGCCAGGAUAAAUUUAUAAAUUUAUCCUUGGGUUUAUAAAUGUAUUCCUGGGUUUAUUUAUAAAUGUAUGCCUUGGUUUAUAAAUUUAGAAAUAUAAAAAAUUUAUAAAUUUA